AGGAGACGAGCAACCCCGGAGCCGCGGCGAGCGGCGGCGACACGCCAGCGCCGGCCGGCGAGGAGUACGAGGUGUUCCUGAGCUUCAGGGGGCCGGACACUCGCACGGGGUUUACCGAUUGCCUCUACCACGACAUGCUCGGUGCCGGAAUCCGCGUCUACCGUGAUGACGAGGAGCUCCGCGUCGGCAGGGAGAUCAGCGGCGAGCUCAUGCGGGCGCUCGACGUGUCCAAGAUCUACGUGCCCAUCUUCUCCAAGGACUACGCAUCGAGCUCGUGGUGCCUCCGCGAGGUCGCCCACAUGGUGGACUGCGUGGCUCGAUCGAAGGGGAAUAAGGAGAUCUUGCCGGUGUUCUUCGACGCGUCGCCCUCGGAUGUGAAGCUCAGGACUGGGCUGUAUAGGAAUGCCAUGGCCAAGCACAGGAAGAAGUUUGGGGAUGAGGAAGUGAAGAGGUGGGAGGAUGCUCUUGUUGAAGUUGCUGAAUUGAAGGGAUGGGACCUCAAAACGAGAGGGCAUGGGGAAGCUAUUAAGUUGAUCAUCCGAGAGGUUUUGGUAAAGUUGAAGAUAAAGCAUAAGUAUGUGAAAAAUCAGCUGGUUGGAGUGGAUGAUCGUGUAGAAGACAUAAUGAAGCUGUUGGAUGUUGAUUGUGAAGGUGUUUGUUUUGUUGGUAUUCAUGGGAUGGGCGGUGUUGGCAAAACAACUCUUGCGAAGGUUGUCUUCAACCAGGUCUGUUCUUAUUUCGAUGAUUGCUGCUUUCUUGGAGAUGUUCGAGAAUCAUUAGAAAAAGGGGGCCUAGUAAAUUUGCAGAAAUAGUUGUAGACAUUCUCGACUCUAGAUUCGUGGACAACAUUCAUGACAUUGAUGAUGGGAUUAACCAGAUCGGGACAAGAUUUCGCAGCAAAAAGGUCCUCAUCGUUUUGGAUGAUGUUGAUAAGGAAGAACAACUAGAGAAGUUAGUAGGGGAAUGAGAUUGGUUUGGUUCAGGAAGUAGGAUAAUCAUUACAACCAGGAAUUAAGCUACUCUAAAAGUCCUGGAUGAGGAUUUGAUAUACGAAUUAAAGGAACUGAAGUUUGAUCAAGCUCUUAAGCUUUUCUGCAUACAUGCUUUUAGAAAAGAUUAUCCACCAUAUCAAUACGAUAUUCCUGCAUCAGAAAUUGUUGUCACAACCAAAGGGCUUCAUUUGGCUCUUGAGGUCAUAGGCUCAUUUCUCUAUCGCCAACCAGAGAAGAUAUGGAAAGAGACUGUGGAGAGGCUAGCAAGAAUACCUCGUAAGGAUGUCUGACAAUAGUUGAUGAUCAGUUAUGAAGCAUUAGGGGAUGAGGAAAAGGAGAUUUUUCUUGACAUUGCUUGCUUUUUUGUCAACAACACCAAAAAGACGAAUGCAAUUUACAUGUGGAAAGCUUGCAAUUUUUUUCCUGAGACUGGGAUACAGGUUCUUAUGCAAAUGCCUCUGGUAAAGAUUGUUGAUGGUGAUGUAUUAUGGAUGCUUGACUAGCUCAAAGAUCUUGGGAGGCAAAUUGUUUUGAGGGAGUGCUUGCAUGAUCCUGGAGAGCGUAGCCAGGUGUGGAUUUGUGAGGAAGCCGUGGACAUUGUAAGAACAAAACAGAGAAAGAAAAAAGUUCAGGCACUCAUAUUAACUGGAAGUGAUUAUCAACCACUUGUAAUUACGCAUGACGAACUUAGUAGGUUGCCCAACCUAAGGUUCCUUGAAUUAGAGGAGGGAACCUUUGCCAGAGACUCUAGGGAUGAUUUUUCGAAGUUAAGGUGGAUUUCUUGGUAUUCUCCUAGGCUCCUUGAUCUUGAGGUAACCAAUCUAUCUAUGAAGAAUUUGGUUGUCUUUGAGAUCGUUGCAGGCAGCAUCACAGAUGACUGGAGCGGAUGGAGCCUAAUCAAGAUGGCAAAGAAUCUGAAAGUUCUAAACCUCAGAGGUUGCGAAGGCAUAACUAGAACACCAGACUUCUCUGCAUGCUUCAGUCUAGAGAGGUUGAGUUUCUACAAUUGCAUAAACUUGGUUGAGAUUGAUCCCUCCAUUGGGAAGCUAAAGUGCCUGAUUCACUUAAAUCUUAAAGAGUGCCUCUCUCUUAAGGAUUUGCCUGAAGAAAUUGGAAGGCUUACGAAUCUGAAGCUCCUUGCUUCUAGUGGAUGUUUUCUGAAACUCCCGGGUUCAUUGAAGGAGUUGGAUCUGUCAAACAUACAAAUUGAAUGCCUUCCUGAUUGUAUUGGUGAUAAGAAGUUUCUAUCUGUCCUCAUUCUAAGGUACACACAAAUUAGCACGCUUCCAGAGACUAUUGGGAAGCUUGUGAAACUUGAGUCUCUCUCUCUCUCUCUCUCUGGGUGCAUUAAGUUGAGAAAACUCUCUCUCUCUCUCUCUCUUUGGGUGCAUUAAGUUGAGAAAACUCCCAGACUCAAUUGGGAAGCUAGAGUCUUUGCAAGAGUUGAAUUUAUCCAGUACUAAAAUUGCUGAGUUACCAGAUUCAAUUGGAAAUCUCAAGAAAUUGAAAGUGAUAGCGAUGGAGAAUACUCCAAUAAGGAAAUUGCCCAGUACUAUUGGAAUGUUAAAGAAUCUGGAAGAGCUCCAUGCUAGUGAUUGUGAAGAAUUAAUUGGUGGAAUUCCAAUUGAAAUUGGCGCAUUGUCCUCUUUGAAAGUUCUCAAACUAUUAGGUGCUCAUAUUUCUGAGUGCCGACAACAAUCAAUCAUAUUCUCUACCUUGAAAGACUGGAGUUGACAAGUUGUAAUGAGGUUCAAGAAUUGCCAGAGCUUCCAAAAAGUCUGAUCUAUCUGCAUUUUCGAUCAGCGGCAUUGCGUAUUUUUCCGGAUCUCUCGAACUUGACUAAUCUGGUCAAUUUGCUCUUAUCUGAUGGCUCUGAAGAUGUGCUUAAAGCUUCAUCAUAUCUGUUGCCAAGUUCCAGCUUAGGGUGGAUUAGGAGGUUAUCUAAACUGAAGAAGUUAGAAUUGUCUCUUUUUAGUGUCCCUGCACCACCUACUGAGUUUGGUUCUCUUCCUCGUCUAACUGAGCUUAUUUUAUCUGGACUAGACUUGCAAUGUAUCAUGAAGCUUCCUCCCUCCUUAUCAGAGCUGCAACUUGUUAAUUUUAACUCAAUAAUAUCUUGGUCAAUCUUUUCCAACUUGAAAAACUUGUCCAAGCUACGACUUUCUCAAUCUCAGCUUCAAGAAAUUGAUCUCAGUGGACUCGAAGAACUGAGAGCAUUGUCAGUGACUAAAUGUGAACUCCUCCAAAGGUCAUUCAUCCCGGCAAGCUUAAAGAAACUUAAAGAAUUGUGGCUAUCAGAAUGUCCGAAGCUAGUUGAGAUUGAAGGUCUGGAGGCCCUAGAGUUCUUGGAAGAAAUGAAUGUACAGUACUAUGGUUUCGUUGAAAGGUUAUACGACCUGUCAAACUCAAAGUUGCUGAAGCUUUUGGUUAUAUCAAACUGCUAUGAGCUCCGUACUGUUGAGGGCCUCAACGGUUUAGAAUCUUUGAAUGCAUUACUUGUUUAUGAGUGCAGUUCACUGGAGAAACUAAUUAUUCCAUCGAAAGUAGAGAAGCUAACGCAUUUGGAGGUUUCAGGAUGUGAGAAGCUGAUUGAGAUUCCAGGUCUUGUUGCAUCGGAAUCGUUGGAGACUUUAACCAUUAAAAAGUGUCCUAUUAGCAAAAUAUGUGAGUUAUCAAACUUACAGUUGAAGUCUCUGUCAAUCGUCGGAUGCCAUGAGCAACAAUCUAUUGAUGGUGUUGAUGAGCUGGACUUUUUGUGUGAUUUCUAUGUUUCUAGCUGUCGGAAACUGGAAGCUUUGCUGGACGAAUCUAACACGAAGUUGUCUGAUGAAUGCCUAAUAACAAUUCGGAAGUGUCGGAAAUUACAAAGCCAUGGCUAUCCUAAUGUCAAUGGCCUUCCCUACAGGGAUUACAAGGACAUGAUUAUUGCAACGACAAACUCUCCUACAGGGUCACUCCCUUUAGAGACAUCAGACGAGGUAUCCAUAUUCUUCUUCACAAGUAGAAGGCUAUGGCUACUGUGUUUUGGGCAAAUUAUUUUCCCACUUUCACUUCGCACUUCCUCUCUGUCUCUGCCCGACGUUGCUCACUAUGCUCCGUGCUCGCCCUCGAUGAGUUCCUCGACGAAUCUCCACACGGAGUCGGGCCUCAAGUCCCUCGACGAGUUCCUCUCCGGCAAGACCUACAUCUUCGCGCGGGGCUUUGAAGCUUGGGCUGGCUUUCGCCUCCUCGACAACGAGAUUCUCAUCCUCAAGAAUGAUGGAAGUGUCCAAGGCAUUAGUCUCACAUUUGAAGAGGGUGGCAACGUCCAUUUUACAUGUGAAGCACUAAGCAAAAAAUCGAAUUUGAGGUACCUCAGACUGGAUGGAGCUAACAGUGAGAAUCUUAUUUCAAAUUCGAGUCGGCUCCCACUGGAGGAGGGUAACACUGCGAGAGAGCCUGAGAAUCUUCUUCCAAAUUUGAAGUGGCUUAAUUGGCACGCCAGCCAUUUCAUUCCUGAGCUGCGUAAUAUGGAUAUGAAGGAAUUACUCAUUCUCGAUCUGUCUAGGAGUCCGGUCACCCAAAAUCCACAUGCCUGGAAGCAAAUCAUGGAGGCAUCGUUGAAGUCUUCACCUUCGACCGGUUUGGAGAUAUUGAUAAUGGAAGAUUGUACUCGGUCACCUGCACUUUGGGAGUUCAUCAGCCAACUGGAGAGCUUGAAAUCCUUGAAUUUGAGAAACUGCAAGGGAGUCCGGCUGUCAAUCCUACAACUGAGCGGCAAGGAAUUUUUGAGGGAACUUCUGAUUGACGGAACUGAUGUAAAAAAAAUUGAUAUCGAGAAUGAUCCUUUGGAGAACCUUGAAGUACUUAGUGCUCGUGACUGUGAAAGUUUGGGGGACAUUUCCCCACUUGGCCACCUGACGAAACUCAAAAGUCUUGCUCUGGAUGGUGCUAAAAUUGAUUGGGUUCCAGAAACUUUUGUUUUUCCUCCUAAUCUUGAAAGACUUUCUCUGAGGAAAUGUGGGAAGCUGUUUGAACUUCCACGUUCCAUCUGUACGCUAAAGCAGCUGGAGGAAAUGGACCUUUCAGAAACUGGAAUCACACAACUACCAGAGUCAGUCGAGGGUUUGAGUAAUUUGAAGACGCUGAAGAUGGAACGCACUCCCCUAGAAAAAUUUCCUAAAGAUAUUGGGAAGUUAGAGAAACUGAGGGAGAUAGAUUUCUUUGGCUGCACAAAUUUGGAGGCCCAAGAUAGUUGCGAUAUUUCAGGACUAUCCUCCUUGAGAAUUUUGAGAUUAUCGUCAUCCAUUGUGGCUGGGCUGCCUCAGGGCAUUUGUGAUCUCCCUUGCCUCCGAACCCUUGACGUACGUAAGUGCGAACGACUUCAAGCACUUCCAGAGUUGCCCUCCAGUUUAGUCACUCUCUGCGGGGGAUUCAAAAUCAUGGAGGCCUCCAAAUUGACAAAUCUGACGAAUCUAAAAGAGCUAUGCUUGAGUGAUGAUGAACAGCCAGAAGCGGGGUCAUCGAGUUGGAGCCCAAAUAUUGAGUGGAUCACGAGAUUACCAAGUCUAGAGACCUUGGAAUUGUCCCUUCCAAAUGUCACCAAUCUCCCUGGGGAUUUUCGUGCCCUCACUCGGCUCCGGGAACUCACUUUAUCCUACAUGGAGGAGCUAGUCCUCACACAACUUCCCUCGCCCUCAAGCUUAUGGACUCUGCGUCUCAAACGCUGCAAGAUUCCAGAGCCAAACUUUUCUGUUCUGAUAUAUCUGUCAGAACUAAAACUAGAGGACUGCGAUUUGGCAAAGAUUGAUGGUCUUAAAUAUUUACAGAGUUUGGAAGUCCUGAAAAUUUCUCCACGCAGCAGAAUAACAGACCUUGACGAGCUCAAAGGAUUACCUUGUCUCAGGAAGGUGAAAGUUUUCCCUUUUGAUGCUGCCAGUCUAUCAGAAUUACUCGAACGUGGAUGUGAAGUGGACACCUGUAUCCGGCCUUCUUCUCGAUCUGUGGCUGGAUAGUCUCUGUCCUGUACGAACUACCGUUGAACUUUUGAGUCUUCGACAUGACAUCUCUUAGUCUGAGAAACCGGGUGGCCACCUCUCUAAGGGCCACAAAAUACCCCAGGCAAAUUCUUCUCGUCAGGCGAUUGUCAGUGGCAUCAAGAAUCUCGCAUCAAAGCCAUUGCCGAAGCCUUAGGAUGCAUCAUCCAAAAGCCAUCCGCUGCCUCUCAGCUCUUCAAUCACGAAGAAAGAGAAGUCAGAAGAAAAACAAGAUGCAG